GGGAGAGACUGAGGAGAGGGAGAGGAUAAAAGACAGAGACAGAGAAGGAAAGAAAUGGAAAGAGGGGACGGAGAACAGGAAGGAUGCAUUGGAGCAUUAAUCGGCUGCAUUUCAUUCCAGAAAGUUGUGGUCUCCCAUCUGUCUAUGUUCACUCCCCGUUGUACAUCUAAAAUAACUGAAAUGACUGAGUUCAAGCACGUUUUACCCGGUUUCCUCCAUUUUACUCUAACACAUCCUGUCCUGUCAGACUGAAGGGAAGAGAACAAGGGGACACAUUUUUGGAAUGGAACCCAGCCCUGCUAACGAACGAGUGGGAGGAGUUGACUGUGUGAUUAAUUAAGAGAGAGGGAGACAGUCUCCUCCUCCCCCCCUGUUGAGGGGGUUAGUGCUACAGCAGCAGUAAUUGCUAACCAUUAAGCAUGCUACUCAUGUAUGCUAACACAUGCUGUUGAUACAUUAUAGAUGGUAGGGGAGAGAGAGAGAGAGAGGUGCUAGCGCAGCACGGGGGUGGCGUGUAGCGCUAACACAGGUCGCUUUGAUCACAAUUCUGAUGACUCUUCUCAAGGGAUGCUAGUUAGUAAUCGGCUAGUGGUAAAUGGCAUGCAUACUGUUCUUGUUGAUGUUACGGAAACCCUGUUUGUUGCUGUGAUUUAUACACUUAUUUUUAUGACACAUAAAAUGUUGAUUCUUACUGUCAGGUGAAACGGAAUCUUAUUAAUCACUUUCACACCAACUUAUCAAUGCAAUCUAAUGAGCAUCAACACAAGCACGUACACACACUUUUGAAUAUAAAACCUAGAACCCUGGAAUACAAUAUGCUUUGUUCAGAGAAUGUUGUUUUGGGCCUCUGAUUGACUCUGGUCUGGAGAGCUGUGAUUGACUCAGUGUUGUGUAGUGGUUAUCUGGAGAGCUGUGAUUGACUCAGUAUUGUGAAGUGGUGGUCUGGAGAACUGUGAUUGACUCAGUGUUGUGUAGUGGUGGUCUGGAGAACUAUGAUUGACUCAGUGUUGUGUAGUGGUGGUCUGGAGAACUAUGAUUGACUCAGUGUUGUGUAGUGGUGGUCUGGAGAACUGUGAUUGACUCAGUGUUGUGUAGUGGUGGUCUGGAGAACUAUGAUUGACUCAGUGUUGUGUAGUGGUGGUCUGGAGAACUAUGAUUGACUCAGUGUUGUGUAAUGGUGGUCUGGAGAGCUCUGUUUCAGCCCAGUCAAUCUACUGCUCUCUCUCAACCCAACCACUUAACACAGCACUGUACAGCAAGCAGGAAACACAAAGCAUCAGAUAGCAUCACACACUGUGUACACACACACACACACACACACACACACACACACACACACACACACACACACACACACACACACACACACACACUGUACACACACACACGCACGCACACACACUGUACACACACACAGGGCAACAGCACUAGUAGCAUCAGUGACUAGAAUCUCUCACGCACACACUCGCUGCUGAGUGCUUGUCCUGAGAGAUAAGGACCAUUAGUGGGAAACAGAGGUUGCAUCCCAAAUGAUUCUUAUUUCCAAUGGGCCCUGGUCAAAAGUAGUGCACUAUAAAUGGAAUACGGUGCCAUUUGGGCCAGAGACAGAGGCAUCAUCUUUGUGUUGUGUAAAGGGUCUUAUGGCCAUGAUAUGAUUGGCUGACAUGGAGUUGGUGGGCCAGGUGUGGAGGACACCUGUUUGGUGCUGUAGAUGAUCCUAGCAUGAGGAGAACAGGGCAGGUCUACUGUAGAUGAUCCUAGCAUGAGGAGAACAGGGCAGGUCUACUGUAGAUGAUCCUAGCAUGAGGAGAACAGGGCAGGUCUACUGUAGAUGAUCCUAGCAUGAGGAGAACAGGGCAGGUCUACUGUAGAUGAUCCUAGCAUGAGGAGAACAGGGCAGGUCUACUGUAGAUGAUCCUAGCAUGAGGAGAACAGGGCAGGUCUACUGUAGAUGAUCCUAGCAUGAGGAGAACAGGGCAGGUCUACUGUAGAUGAUCCUAGCAUGAGGAGAACAGGGCAGGUCUACUGUAGAUGAUCCUAGCAUGGGGAGAACGGGGCAGGUCUACUGUAGAUGAUCCUAGCAUGGGGAGAACAGGGCAGGUCUACUGUAGAUGAUCCUAGCAUGGGGAGAACAGGGCAGGUCUACUGUAGAUGAUCCUAGCAUGGGGAGAACAGGGCAGGCCUGCUGUAGAUGAUCCUAGCAUGGGGAGAACAGGGCAGGCCUGCUGUAGAUGAUCCUAGCAUGGGGAGAACAGGGCAGGCCUGCUGUAGAUGAUCCUAGCAUGGGGAGAACAGGGCAGGCCUGCUGUAGAUGAUCCUAGCAUGGGGAGAACAGGGCAGGCCUGCUGUAGAUGAUCCUAGCAUGGGGAGAACAGGGCAGGCCUGCUGUAGAUGAUCCUAGCAUGGGGAGAACAGGGCAGGCCUGCUGUAGAUGAUCCUAGCAUGGGGAGAACAGGGCAGGCCUGCUGUAGAUGAUCCUAGCAUGGGGAGAACAGGGCAGGCCUGCUGUAGAUGAUCCUAGCAUGGGGAGAACAGGCCCGCAGCACUGCUGUGUGUGUCUGUGUGUUAGUGUGAGAAGCUUGCCUGAUCUCUCUCACAUGCACUGCUCAUCCCAGGGCAGGGAUGAUUUAUUCACAAUGGGAGAACAGAUGACUGCAGGCAAUCUGUUUCUGCAGCUAUACAUCCAGAAGAGAGAGAGGUGUAAGGCUGUGCAUUUAUUAAUGUACAAAAGAUAACUCCCUCCCUGUGAAACAUAGUGGAUCUGUUUCCCUCAGCUCUAGGUGGGAAGAGAAGCUGUUUCCGUUGGUUGAGGCUGAAUGUGUAUUUCCGUGUAGAAGUGAAUGAUAGGUAGUGUUCUCCAUGUGAUCAAACUGCAUAUUGGUUUCUUCUCCUGGUUAAUCUAUUGUUAUACUUUCCCUUUCUCCUCAGUUCAGCUGUGUUUUAUGUCAGUGUUUCUCAACUAUCAACUUCUGGUUGAGAAAGAACCCUGAACAGUUCUAGUCCAGCACACUUGAUUCAACUAACUAAAGGACUUGAUGAUUAAUUGAGUUGUUGAAUCAGGUGUGCUAGUGAGGGGCUUGAACAGAAAUGUGUGUUGUUAGUGGUACUUGAAAGCCGAAGUUGAGUUAACACUGUUUUAUUUUGUCCUUUGUGGCUCUCUAAUGGAACCCAGUGUUACCUUUACUUCCUCCCCUCCAGACCGUAGUCGGGACGGCUCAGGGGAGCCUUCACUUGCUAGCUCCAAGGCCAGAGAAAUGUACAGAUGCUCUGGGGCAAUUCCCACAUUUGGGGAUCUUAUCUGCUGCUAAUGACGAGUUAGUCUGGAAUUCCACUGAAGUACCGUAGUUCACAUUUAUUAAACAUGUACACUAUGUGAGGUAGUCUGAAUGACUAAAUAAAAUAGCAGGCUAAUGGAGCAAAAAGAGCGUGGCUCACAGUUCCCCUACAUCUCCUCCACACAACAAUUGCGUCAAAAACAAAAGUUAACUUACUACGUUACCCACAAUGCACUUCAGUGUUUUAAAGCUAUACCCCUACUUUACCAACACCAGACAUUCCGAUCAUUCCAUUUGCGAAUCCUGCCUCAUAUGGCUUAUAAAUGUUUCUGGACCUUCUGAACUUCUGUCUCUCUGCCAGGCGAUCUGCUGCACCUUGGUGAACUGUACCUGUGAUAGUUUCAAACCUGGGAAACUGAAGAAGAGACUGUGUGAGCACUGCAAGCAUGGAUGGGUAGCGCACGCUCUGAGCAAGCUGAAGCUGCACCACAUGUACCAGGGCAGCCAGGUGGAGAUCGUCCACUCUAACGUGGUCUUUGACAUCUGCAGCCUGAUGCUCUACGGGACCCAGGCAAUCCCAGUCAGACUAAAGAUCCUGCUGGACAGGCUGUUCAGUGUCCUGAAACAAGAGGAGGUCAUCCAGAUCCUCAACGCAUUGGACUGGACCCUACAGGACUACAUCCGAGGAUACGUCCUACAGGACAUAGCAGGGAAGGUGUUGGACCGCUGGGCCAUCAUGACGUUCGAGGAGGAAAUUGCUACGCUGCAGCAGUUCCUCCGCUUCGGUGAGACCAAGUCCAUUGUGGAGCUGAUGGCCCUGCAGGACAAGGAGGGUCAGGCCGUGCUGGUUCCCAGCACCCGCACCAACUCAGACAUCCGCACCUUCAUCGAGCGCAGCACCCCGCGCACUGCCACCACCAACAAUGUCCUGACCCCCAAGGUGGAGAAACUGAGCUCGUCCAAAGCGCACCACUUUGAGAACUUUAUUAAUAGUAUGGCGUUUAUGCUACCAUUUCAAUUGUUGGGCUCCGUGCCAGCGCCUCUCCUGGGGUCGCCACUGGGGGCGCUGCAGCAGCAAGGGGGGCAGAUGGAGCAGGGGCAGAGACGGGGGGACGAGAACCCCAACGCCCUCCCCCUCCCCGGGCCGCCUCCCACCGAGAGCAGCCUGGUGGGCUCGAGCUCCACCUCAUUCACCUCUGACCUGGACAGGGGUGGAGACAACCCUAUGGACGGCCUCUCGGCCACGCCCAAGAUGGAGUCUGAGGACUUCCCCACCAGCGACAACUACUCGGACGGCCGCUCCACACCCUGCACACCCUCCAUGAUGAACUCUGACUUUACCCAGAUGUCCCCGGAUAGCAAGCUCCAACACUCCAUGGACCGGAACGGGGGAGGCGGGGGAGGAAGUCUCAAGAAGGGGCGUGUGUACUGCAGUGCGUGCGACAAGACCUUCUAUGACAAGGGCACGCUGAAAAUCCACUACAACGCUGUGCACCUGAAGAUCAAGCACAAGUGCACCAUCGACGGCUGCAACAUGGUGUUCAGCUCGCUACGCAGCCGCAACCGCCACAGUGCCAACCCCAACCCGCGCCUGCACAUGCCCAUGAACCGCAACAACCGCGACAAGGACCUGCGAGGAGGCGGGAGCCUUUCGGCCGACGAAGACUCCGAGGCAAGCGACAAACCGCGGUCUGAGUACCCCCACUCAUCCAUCCCGGUGUCCCUGACCUCGUCCCCCGACAGCCAGAAGUCAGUUGCCAGCUACAUGGUGAGUCAUGUGGACUCCACCACCAGCAGCACCAAGCUGCACCACAGCAGCUCCUUCCCCAGCAUGGGGCACCUGGGCCACGGCAUCCUCUUCCCCAACCUGAAGACAGUGCAGCCUGUGCUGCCUUUCUACCGGAGCCUGGUGACCCCUGCCGAGCUGGCCAACAGCCCCGGCCAACACCUCCCCUCCCUCUCCGUCCUCUCCUCCUCGCUUCCCCUCAAACCUACCUCCAUCACCGCCCCAGACGCCUGCGGUGCCAUCAAUGACCCUGUGCCCAAGAAGAAGUCGCGGAAGUCGAGCAUGCCCAUCAAGAUCGAGAAGGAAGCGGUAGAGAGGGAGGGAAGGAUGGGGGAGGACAGCGGUUCAGAGGACAUGAGCCCUAUACAAGGCAGGGACAAGGAGGAGUGUGAGAGAGGGGUAGGAGGAGGGGGGGAUUUGUGUACGAGACAGAUGGGUGUAGAGAGGGAGAGGGAAAGAGAGGAGAGAGGAGUCAUUCUAGCUGGGGAGAGAGGGGAGAGGGAGGAGGUGAAGCGGCCAAGGUCCCACAACCCGGAGAGAGAUGUGUGUGGAGGCAGGGAACAAGAGGAGGAUGAAGAAGAAAAAGAAGAGGGAUCCCGGCAGGCAGAGACAGGUAUGAUCACCUCCGCCUCAUCCCCCUAUGAUGGAAAACUCAACCACAGAGAGAACCACAGCCCCUCUCUGAGCAGAGACCACACAGAGACAGAGGGAGAGGAGGGCGACCAACCAACCUCCCGGCACCAAGACAAGCCGUGCGACGACAUGGAUCACCGACUGACCAACGGCGGUGUGUUCAGAUUAGGCGACAGAGGGAAGGAUGAUCCAGAGGGCUGUAUGGAAGACUACACCAACUCUAGCCUCCUGCAGUCUCGUAUGGACUCUGAGGAGGGGCCACUGGACAGGGAUGACCUUCCACACCACUGUGAGAUCUGCAGCAAGACGUUCAACAACCAGUACAGUGUGAAGAUGCACUACCGCAACGUGCACCUGAAGGAGAUGCACAUGUGCACGGUGGCUGGCUGUAACGCUGCCUUCCCCUCCCGCAGGAGCAGAGACAGGCACAGCUCCAACCUCAACCUCCACCACAAGCUGUUGACCAAAGACCUGUACAGCCCAUCACCCCGCUCCCUCUACUCCCCAGCCUCCCUCUGCAGGGACAAAGACCCUGUCAGCCUGGACUACCGCCAGGACCUGAGAGACCUCCAGAGGGAUAGAGAGCUCCAGAGAGACACAGGCAGCCAGACGUCUGUCAUCUUCAGAGGCCACAACCGCAUGGGCCUGGUCUACCCCAUGAGCAAGAUGGCCGACGAAAGGACAGGGGAGAAUGCAGGAGAGGAACUGGAAGGAGGAGGAGGGGUGGAGGAGGGGGCGGUACUGGACCUAAGUACGUCAUCGUCUGUACCUCCUCGUGGGGGUGGCAGCGCCCCUUCCUCCUGGGACUCGGAUGGGGCAGGCAGCGAGGAAGGGGAGGGACUAGAGGAGGAGCCUCUGCCGAUGGAGGAGGACAGCGAUGGGGAAAGCUGCGACGGGAUUGGUCUAGGAGGCCCCGGUGGAGAAGGAUUAAGUUUGGGCGGGGACAGGACCCUGGGCUGUGUGGGGGGAGGACAGAUGGGGCCGCAGGGGGUGGAGGUGGCUCACCCAUUACCUGCCACGUGUGCCAGAAGGUAUACAGCAACAAGGGGACUUUCAGAGCCCACUACAAGACUGUCCACCUGCGCCUGCUGCACAAGUGUAAAGUCCCAGGCUGCGACACCACGUUCUCGUCAGUACGGAGCCGCAAUAGACACAGCCAGAACCCCAACCUGCACCGCAACCUGACUGGCAGUGGCGGCGGCACCACUCUAGACCAGGAGUAGGGCCUUGCCCGAGCUUCAGCUCACACAGACCCUGAUUCACUCUCACUGUAAUCUUUAGUCUUUGUUUAUUUGACACCAGAACAGGCUUGCAGGUUAGCACUUUUUGGAAAGAAAUCCAUUGUUUUUUGGGGGGCAAUGUCUGUAGUGAGCUUGGGAUUGUGGAAUCCAGCUGUAUUUUUCUUUGUUAUGGCAGAUUGUAUCUGCUUUUUUUGUGCAAAUGUUACAGGACAGUAUAUCUCCCUGAAUGUUGAGUGUAUUCCUCCAGGUAUAUCAAGUUCAGCAACCUGAAAUUGUUCUGAGGUACACAUGAAGACCUUCUGCAUUCCAUUCCUUGGACACUCAUUUUCAACUAAUUAUGUUUCCUUUCCCCUGCCAACAUUUUUAAAUAUGUUCUUUUAAAUUGAUAUUUAUUGAUGGUACAUGUAGAAAAACAACCAUUUAUUUUGGACACGAAAUUGACAAGUCAUUUUCCCAUCAUUAAUUUUUGUCUUGAUUUAAAACACUUAAGAAUCAUGCAUCAUCUUUUAAAACGUUGUGCAUCUCAACCCCUCUCUCUAGCUCUUUUAUUUCUAUGCACUAAUUCUAAAUAGUUUGCCUUACAGUCUAGUAUAAUUUACUCACAUCCAGUUUAGGAUCACCUGCCAGUUUCUAAAUCACAAGCUGUUCAAGUGACACUUAUCUCCAGUCAUCAACAGUGGUGGAAAAAGUAAAGAUACCUUCAUAGAAAAUUACUCGAGUGAGUCACCCAAAUACUACUUGAGUAGAAGUAUUUGGUUUUAAAUAUACUUAAAUAUCAAAAGUAAAUGUAAAAGUAUAAAUCAUUUCAAAUUCUUUAUAUUAAGCAAACCAGGGGUCACCAUUUGUUUUUAAAAUGUACAGAUAGCCAGGGGCACACUCUAAAGCUCAGACAUAACUUGCAAACUAACCAUUUGUGUUUAGAGAGUCCGCCAGAUCAGAGCCAGUAGGGAUGACCAGGGAUGUUCUCUUGAUAAGUGCAUGAAUUGGACCAUUUUCCUGUCCUGCUAAGCAUUCAAAAUUGAACAAGUACUUUUGGGUGUCAGGGAAAAUGUAUGGAGUAAAAAGUACAUUUUUUUCUUUAGGAAUGUAGUGAAUUAAAAGUAAAAGUUGUCAAAAAUAUAAAUAGUAAGGUACAGAUCCCCCCAAAAAAAAAACUACUUAAGUAGUACUUUAAAGUAUUUUUACAUAAGUACUUUACACCACUGGUUAUCAACUAUAACAAGUUAAAUAUUUUCGGUGUUCUUCUUGGUAGUUAUCGUCGACUUUCCCUGUGAGUUUACACGUAUCGUUCCAAUCAAAAGCGUCUGUGACAUUCUAGAAGUGUGGCGUACGUUAGUUUCUUUGGACUGUGGUCUGUAAAGAUCUUUGUUUAAAAAAAAAAAACGUUUUCUAAGUAUUGUGAACUUGAUGGAUAUAAGUUAUUGUUUGAUGUUGUAUGUGUGGUUCUGUUCCUCUCCUAUUGUUGCUGUUUCUGGAUGUUGCAUUAUGCUAGCGUGAUAACGUUGACCAAAGAUUUCUCAGUCCCGAGGUGCAUACGAAUCCAACCGCCUCAUGCAGUACAGCGUCCUUAUUAGGAUAGCCUCAGUCUUGGGCCGAGAUUGAGGCUGUCCUAAUAUGGACACCGUAUAUUUGAGGCUUGCAGUAUUAAAACAGCCUUCUCUUGACGCUCUUAUCUGAAAAUGCAUCACAGAAAAGUCAGUAUUCAGACUUGGGCUCUUAAAAAGCUAUUACAACUCUUGGAAGAAAACAUUUAUUGGAAGAACUUUUAUAUAUUUUCAUGGUCUUUUGUACUAAAAUCUGCUCACAUCUUGUGCACUAGAGUGGGUGAGGGCAUCAUUCUAGACAUACAGACAGACAGACGGUCAUUGUCUCCAAGAGUUGGAUCAUAUGAUAUUGUACUGUGAACAAGUCAAACACUGAGAAAAACAAAACCUAACUGAAAGAUAAGUAACCAGGGCCCAAUGUCCACACACCCUUCAAAACAUAUGGUACCUAAAUAAUUAUUGAAUUGUAUAUUUUGUGAAUAGAGUCAUUUGUAAUCUAAAAAAACAAACAUAAUGUAUCAAAUAUGCUAAUUCUACUAGACUCAUUCUGCAUCCUAAGAGAUGUUUAUUGGGAGGAAAAAGAUGUCCAAAGUUACGUUCUUGCAUUAUUUCACAAUAGUUUUUUGGUUUAGGUAUUCUGCAUAUACACUAAGUGUACAAACAUUAAAAAACCUUCCUAAUAUUGAGUUUCACCCCCCUCAUUUGCCCUCAGAACAGCCUCAAUCUGUUGGGCAUGGACUCUACAAGGUGUCAAAAGCAUUCCACAUGGAUGCUGGCCCAUGUUGGCUCCAAUACUUCCCACAGUUGUGUCAAGUUGGCUGGAUGUCCUUCGGGGUGUUGACCCUUCUUGAUACACAUGGGAAACUGUUGAGCGUGAAAAACCUUGUCAGCAUGGAAUUCUUGACUCUCAAACCGGUGCGCCUGGCACCUACCACCAUACACUGCUCAAAGGCACUUAAAUAUUUUGUCUCGCCCAUUCACCCUCUGAAUGGCACACAUACACAACCCAUGUCUCGAUUGUCUCAAGGCUUAAAAAUCAUUCCGUCUCCUCCCCUUCAUCUACACUGAUUAAAAUGGAUUUUACAAGUGACAUCAAUAAGGGAUCAUAGCUUUCACCUCGAUUCACCUGGUCAGUCUGUCAUAAUGUUUUGUACACUCAGUGUAUAUUUGACCUUAUGUAUUUAAUUACAUUGAGCUAGAUAAAAUAUACAUUUCUUUGUGAAGUUGUAUGGAUUUGUAAAAAUAAACCAUGUGUUUUUUGAUUUAAUGUUACAAUAUUCGUUCCUACUCAAUAAAAAGCCAUAUCUGUUA